GACUCGAUGCGACUCCUAAAAAGACUAGCAGGCUCCAAGGGGUGACUCUUAUUCUGCAGUAGUCUUUCUCAAUUUGUGUAUUAACAUAAAACAGACUGGCACGUAUCUGUUCUCUGGAAGGCUGCGUAAGGGUUGUUAAACAUGCUCUGCACCCCUUCGCUUUACAUAGUAUAGUGGAUGCGAUGUCUCUGGGGAGGGGAAGAAAUGCUACAGCAAAAGGUCUCUGAGAGAAGUAGAUAGUAUUGAAGUAUCGCUGCAUACAGAAUCCUUCACGUUUUGGAGGUACGUAUAAGCUUCCAAAAAUUACUGCACUUGUGCUUCUGUCACAAGGGCACUUUCUGUGCUCUAGCCUGCUAGUUUGUGGUGUUCAUGGCUGUGAGGAGGGCGUCUGCAUGUUUUGCAACCCCUCCUAUAGCUCUCCAUGGAUUUUUGCAGGGGCUGGAGGCUGGCUUUCAUUAUACAGCUACACUGCAGAUUAUGGGCUAAAAUUUAGAACUUUCAACAUGUCAUACGAAUUGAUUUACCCUUCUGAAUGGUCAAACUGCGUGCAAAGGAUUCUGAACUAACGAACAAGGUCUAUCUCUGCUCACUUGUGAGUCUUAAUGGAUGCUUAGGCACUUUGGAGAGUAGAAGCAUGCACGGGACCAUGUUUGUUUUAGAAAAGGCAACUGCAAACCAGAUUGUGAGGUAUGGAAUUAUAUUAUUUCCUGAAGAAUAUAAUUCCAGAAUUCUAUUAGCUUUUUAAAUUUUAUUAUUUGAGCACCUUCAGAUUUGUCACCACUAUGAAAAAGGAGUAAUCAUUCUAAUUAUACCUUAUUUUUAACGUAGGAUUUUUUCUUAAGACAGCUCUGUGAAUUUUGUUAGUCUCAGACUGCAGUGGAUUACAUAAACAUUAACUAGCUCAGAGAACUGCUCGAGGCUCAGUCAGUUUUAUGCUUGCCUGUAGUUAGCAUCUAGAAAAGGAGGAAUUAAACAAGAAGAGCCCAGUUCCGUUGUUUGCUUUUUGGAAGAAUGGAUUUGCAACUCAUGCUCUUCAAAAGGGGGGCUGGGAUUAACUAAACUCGAUGUUCUUCAGAGACCCCUUUGGAAAUCCUGCAAAACUGCUCUUUGGAGAUGCUACCAGCAACCAGUCCGUUGCAGCGCGGUAGAAGGGAGAAGGUGGCAAUCCAAGCACCAGUUUCAUUUCAUAGGGAAAGGAGCUUUGCCGGGGAGGCAGCCCAGACUGCUUUUUCCAGAGGAGUUCGCUGAAGUCUGUACGAGUUGGGUAGCCAAGCUCCAAAGGGGCGGCAGGAGAAGGCAAAGCAGCAGCUUUGCAAGGGUCCUUCCCAUCCGGGUAUGUUUUUCAUACGUUAUUCCAUGCUGUCUUGGCAUCUUUCUCUGCAUUUACACUGGCUACUACAGCCCAGGCAAGUACCAUUGUACUACAGCCAGUACCAAUUGUACUACAGCCCAGGCAAGUACCGUUUGACACCACGGUCGGAGCGUGCGCUACCUCUGCCAGCACCACGCUACCAGUGUAACUGCCGGCUGGCUCCUUCAGCGGGACCGAGGGCAGAGCGCUGUUGUGCGCCCGGGUCAGGUACCUACUCGCAGUGUGGGUGCAGCUGCCCCACAUCAGCUGUCUCACAAAAGACACCCCAGCAGGCCUUAUGGUAUGCCAUACCCCUCCUCCCCACACCAUGGCCCAAGCGUUCAGGUGUCCCUCUCGGAGCGCUACACUACCAAACACCUCACCUGGCGUGCUAUGAAAUAGCCUCUCAUAUCUCCCCUUUCCACUGCCGUUUUGAGUGUUCACAGGCACAAAGAAGCAGCCUGGGUAUUUACGUUUGCAAGGAUCAUGUCCAGAUACAACAUUUUGCAUCAAAGAACAGUUCCUGCAGCAACGUGCAAGCGCACCCUGAGAGAUGACUGUGCCACACUGGCGAGCAGGGCCACUUCCAAGCGCGGCACUGAAAACUGCCUGUCUGUGCCUGAGGCCUGGAGUGGGAGAGGUGCAACAGAUGGUUCAUCGCUUCUCCCAGGAAUCCAUUUUUAACUACACAGUCUUUCUCGUGGCACCACAGUCCAGGACGUUGUAUGUGGGAGCCAAGAAUGCUGUCUUCGCCUUAUCCCUGGAUUCAGUGAGCCAGCAUCCCAAGAUGAUCUCCUGGAAAGUGCCCGAGAAUCAUCGAAUCUCCUGUACAAUGAAGGGGAAAAAAGAGGCCGAGUGUCACAACUACAUUCGCCUUCUGAAGUUCAGCAGCGAGACCCAUCUCUUUGUCUGUGGGACCCACGCCUUCGACCCACAGUGUGGCUUCAUUAAAGUGGCUAAUUUCAGCAAAGUGGAGCGACAGGAAAGCGGUCGGGGAAAAUGCCCUUUUGAGCCUGCGCAGCCAUCAGCAGCUGUCAUGGCUGAUGGUAUCCUCUAUGCUGCCACUGUCAACAACUUCCUUGGUACGGAGCCCAUCAUUUCCAGAGCAACAGGGAACCCGGAGGAGCGCAUCCGGACAGAGACUUCCAUCAUCUGGCUGAAUGAUCCUGACUUUGUGGGCUCCGCUUUCCUGAGAGAAAGUGAGAGUGGAGAGGAUGAUAAAAUCUACUUCUUUUUUACGGAAACAGCUAGAGAAUAUGACUUCUAUGAGAAAGUGAAGGUCCCUCGAGUGGCCAGAGUCUGCAAGGGAGACUUGGGGGGCCUGAAGACUCUGCAGAAGCGGUGGACAACCUUCCUAAAGGCCCAGUUGGUUUGCUCAGAUCCAGAGCACGGAACCACCUUCAAUCUGCUGAGGGAUGUGUUCACCCUGCGCUCUGGGAAUGCGACUGUAUUCUAUGGCAUCUUCUCAACUCGUAGGGAUGGUGGAGAGGUCUCUGCUGUUUGUGCCUACAGCAUUCAGGACGUCCAUAAAGCCAUGAAUGGUCGCUUCAAGGAAUUUAAGCGUGAUUGUGACAAGUGGACGAGUGUCAUGGGUGCUGAUGUCCCAGAGCCCCGGCCUGGUGCUUGUAUUACCAACAGCAUGAAGCUGACUGGUUUUGGCUCCUCACUGGCACUGCCAGACCGUGUCCUCACGUUUGUUCGAGAUCAUCCUCUUAUGGACCAGGCUGUUCACCCUCUUGAGAGUGGACCGCUGUUAGUCAACCUGGAUAUGCCCUACCGCAGCAUUGCAGUACACAGGGUCAAGAGUCUCUCUGGGCUGGAAUAUGAUGUAUUGUAUCUGGGAACAGAGGAUGGGCACCUACACAAAGCAGUGAAGAUUGGCUCAGAGGCCUUCAUCACGGAAGAUCUCGCCCUCUUCCCAGAGCCACAGCCAAUCCACAGUCUGCAGCUCCACCAGAGCUGGUUGUAUGUGGGUUCCUCUAGUGAAGUGACUCAACUCAAUACAACUAACUGUGAGAUGUACAAGAGCUGCCAAGAGUGUAUUCUAAGCAGAGAUCCAGCCUGUGCGUGGAGCAAAGAAAUAGGUGCUUGCAUCAGCCACCAGCAACAGAAUGACUUGCUCCAGGAUAUCUUGUCUGUGAAUGUCUUAAUGCUGUGUCCAGAGGGCGUGGAAGAUGCGCCAGUGCCCGUUGAGGUGCCGACAGCCAUUGGGACCAGGCUGGUGCUUCCCUGCCUUCCACGGUCGGCCUGGUCCACUUGCACGUGGCAGAAACCACAUGUUGAUGCCUCUGUGUACACCCUGCGCAGUGAUGGUCUGGAGCUCACAGUGUCAGAGGAAACCCUUGGGGAUUACUCCUGCUGGUGUACAGAGGGGGGUGUGGGCAGUAUGCUGGCUUCCUACAGUGUGAUGCAGGGCAGCAGCCCCAGCAGCAGCUGUAGGUCCACUCAGCGGAGAUACAGUGCACUCAUGGGACUCUUCUUUUUUCUACUGGGUUUUGCUGCUGGCUGCUGCUGUUUCCUUGCCUAUGAGAAGACACGCCGGGACCGACAUCAGAGGGGGCUGAUCAACCAUGAAAAGAAUGGGCUGGAUCUGAUGCAGUCAAACACAACCAGCUGCAGCCACGAGCCCCACACACCUAGCUCGCCUGAAGAUGAGCGCCACCCACUAGCCACAGCCAAGAAGAAUGGUGGUCUGAAUGGCUUUCCCCAUCUUUACAUUAAUGAGCUGGACAAAGACCAAGCCCGAAUUUACUUGGGUGGAGUUCCCCUGGCAAAGUGUGAUGAGACAUCUAUUUAGCAAUCCCUGAGGGGUAUCACAUCCAUUUCUCGUGCCAGCAGCAACACCUGCUGCUGACAGGGCACAGCCAUGGCUGACACCCUGGUAGUGGUUGCCCUGGAGGAGGAGAAGAGGCACGGCCUUCACCAAGCACUCCUGCUUUGCCAUUUUCUUCAUGACUCUACCAGGCUCAAUUUUUUGCAUCCAUUGUGUCAUGGAACUGUCUAGGCUUGAAGCUGGUGAGAGGCUCUGCCAAGACGCUUGGCAGUUGGGCAGAGCAAUUAUGUUAGGCUUUUUUCUCUCCCUGUACAGCCUCUGUCUUCUGGCCAAAGAAAUGGCCCUCUGAAUGAAUCUUGAGUCUGUAUCCCCACUUUUCUUCACCUCAAAGCUGCUUGGAACAGGCCAGCUUAGCCUCUGGGUUAGGAUCCUUGGGCUUUAUAAGGGGAAUGCAUGUUAGAUGUGUGUCACUGAGCCUCUUGCCCUGUAGGUGUUCUCUGGAGUAAUUACUGCAUUGAUGAAAAUAGCUUUGGCUGUGAUUGUACCAGAGUAACAUGGAACAGUUGCCUGUUUUCUCAGGCCUUCCUGUUGCUCUGCCUGGGAGAAGAAUACACCCUGCCACUAGUGUCUCAAAGAGGAACAAACACUCACUGAAAAGCUCUGUGCCUGCAUACCCAUUUCUCUGCUGCACAGGGUAGCAUGCAAGAGACCUUCAGCCUAUGCUAAGCAGUUAAUACCUUGAGGCUGCUUCCUCUUGCACGGCACUGUCUUUGAAUGUCAUGUGGAUCUGAUCACAGGUGAGGGCUACCUGAAGCUCAGGGCCUCUGUCCACAGAGGAGCUGAGGUCUGUAAUGCCCAUCAGAAAUGGCAUCACCUUCUGUGGUGCCACAUCCCACAUGUACCCCUGACCUGCCCAUAAGUGUCUUCAGGCCCAUGUUGCAUUCAUGUUUUUGUGUCCAGGGCUGGCUGGGGUGGCCAGCAUGGUCUGUCAUGUAUGUAGGGCAGUGAUCAGAACUAGUGACAAGGUGGACUCUAAUGAAUCUCCUGUCCAUGGAGCGCAAGCUAAGAGAUGAACCCAAACUCUGCAGACAGCAGAUGUCCAGUCUUGUUUGGACAAAAUGGCCUCUAAAUGUCCCUUCUAACCUAAAUUAUUCUGUAAUUCAGUUCCCAUCUUGAGAUGUUCUCUCAGAGCUGUCCUGUUCCUGGACAGGCCCAGUGGAUCUGUGCACAGCUGGACUUCUGAGUCACAGAAUGGUUGAGGUUGGAAGGGAACUCUGUAGAUCAUCUAGUCUGACCCCCCUGCUCAAGCAGGCAGGG